CAGAACCGAGGCCGGGGAGCCCCUUGAAGGGAGGAAGGAGCGAUGACGGCUCUGGACGGUAUACGGAUGCCAGAUGGCUGCUAUGCUGAUGGAACGUGGGAGUUGAAUGUGCAUGUCACAGACUUGAACAGAGAUGUAACACUGAGGGUCACAGGGGAAAUACAUAUUGGUGGCGUCAUGCUGAAACUCGUGGAAAAACUUGAUGUCAAGAAAGAUUGGUCUGACCAUGCCUUAUGGUGGGAAAAGAAGAAAACCUGGCUCCUUAAAACACACUGGACUUUAGAUAAGUAUGGAAUACAGGCUGAUGCAAAGUUACAGUUCACUCCUCAACACAAACUGCUCCGACUCCAGCUUCCCAACAUGAAGUAUGUAAAAGUGAAAGUGAACUUUUCUGACAGAGUCUUUAAAGCAGUAUCUGACAUCUGCAAAACUUUCAACAUCAGACAUCCAGAAGAACUCUCUCUUUUAAGAAAGUCCCGUGAUUCAACCAAAAAGAAAAAGAAAAAGCUGGAUGACCAGUAUGAGGAUGAAACACUUGAGCUGGAAGGACCACUAAUCACACCUGGAUCAGGCUCUGAUGUUCUUUACAUUGGCCCAGUAAAAGGGAAUGUAUAUUCAAGUCCAGGGCUUUAUAGCAAAACCAUGACACCAACUUACGAUUCUCAUGAUGGGAGUCCUUUAUCACCAACUUCAGCUUGGUUUGGAGACAGUGCUUUAUCAGAAGGAAAUCCAGGUAUACUUGCCGUCAGCCAGCCAAUCACCUCCCCAGAAAUCUUAGCCAAAAUGUAUAAGCCACAAUCACUUCUGGAUAAAGCCAAGAUCAACCAGGGAUGGCUAGAUUCUUCAAGAUCACUUAUGGAACAAGAUGUGAAAGAAAAUGAAGCUUUACUACUGCGGUUCAAAUAUUACAGCUUCUUUGAUUUGAAUCCUAAGUAUGAUGCAAUCAGAAUAAAUCAGCUAUAUGAACAAUCAAAAUGGGCUAUUCUUUUGGAAGAAAUCGAGUGCACAGAAGAGGAAAUGAUGAUGUUUGCAGCACUGCAGUACCACGUUAAUAAGUUGUCAAUCAUGUCAUCUGAAAAUCACUUGAAUAACAGUGACAAAGAAGUUGAUGAAGUUGAUGCUGCCCUUUCUGAUUUGGAGAUUACUCUGGAAGGUGGGAAGACCUCCACAAUUCUGGGUGACAUCACUUCCAUCCCGGAGCUAGCGGACUACAUUAAAGUGUUCAAGCCAAAGAAGCUAACCCUGAAGGGUUAUAAGCAGUAUUGGUGUACCUUCAAAGACACAUCCAUCUCCUGUUUCAAAAGUAAAGAAGAAUCUAACGGGACUCCAGCUCAUCAGAUGAAUUUGAGAGGAUGUGAGGUAACUCCUGAUGUCAACAUAUCUGGCCAGAAAUUUAACAUAAAGCUUCUGAUUCCUGUUGCUGAGGGCAUGAAUGAAAUUUGGCUCCGUUGUGAUAAUGAAAAACAAUAUGCACACUGGAUGGCAGCAUGUCGGCUAGCCUCCAAGGGGAAAACCAUGGCAGACAGUUCAUAUAAUUUGGAAGUCCAGAACAUCUUGUCUUUUCUGAAAAUGCAGCAUCUGAACCCAGAUCCACAGAUAAUUACUGAGCAGAUCACAACAGACAUUAAUCCAGAAUGCUUGGUUUCUCCAAGAUACCUGAAGAAGUAUAAGAACAAGCAGCCAGGCUAUAUAAGAGACUUGAUCACUGCCCGGAUCUUAGAGGCCCAUCAGAAUGUCGCUCAGAUGAGCCUCAUUGAAGCCAAAAUGAGAUUUAUUCAAGCUUGGCAGUCUUUACCAGAAUUCGGCAUUACACACUUUAUUGCAAGGUUCCAAGGUGGUAAGAAGGAAGAACUUAUUGGAAUUGCCUACAACCGACUGAUACGGAUGGAUGCUAGCACCAGUGAUGCCAUCAAGACAUGGCGGUUCAGCAACAUGAAGCAGUGGAAUGUGAAUUGGGAAAUCAAAAUGGUGACUGUAGAAUUUGCAGAUGAGGUCCGAGUAUCUUUCAUCUGCACCGAAGUGGAUUGCAAAGUGGUGCAUGAGUUUAUCGGGGGCUACAUUUUCCUGUCAACCCGUGCAAAAGAUCAGAACGAAAGCUUAGAUGAAGAGAUGUUCUACAAGCUGACCAGCGGCUGGGUGUGAGUUGGACGAGACUGCCUCUUCUACUGACAUAAACUAAAUGGUGAUAUUAAUAUUUAACUCAAAAGCUGUUCUUGGAAAUAUGCUGCUUAAUCAAAUUAAGCUUGAAGUGUAUCUUU